AUGGAGUGGUGCAUGCGUGAUGUAUUUGUCAGGAAAGCUUCCUCUGGGUACUCUCCACUCGAAGGAUCAGCUUCACCUACUAAUUCAGUGCAAGCCAAUGGCAGCGGGCGCUCCUGCCGGACAGCCAAUGGCAGCGGGCGCUCCUGCCGGACAGCCAAUGGCAGAGUGCGCUCCUGCCGGACAGCCAAUGGCAGCGGGCGCUCCUGCCGGACAGCCAAUGGCAGCGGGCGCUCCUGCCGGACAGCCAAUGGCAGCGGGCGCUCCUGCCGGACAGCCAAUGGCAGCGGGCGCUCCUGCCGGACAGCCAAUGGCAGCGGGCGCUCCUGCCGGACAGCCAAUGGCAGCGGGCGCUCCUGCCGGACAGCCAAUGGCAGCGGGCGCUCCUGCCGGACAGCCAAUGGCAGCGGGCGCUCCUGCCGGACAGCCAAUGGCAGCGGGCGCUCCUGCCGGACAGCCAAUGGCAGCGGGCGCUCCUGCCGGACAGCCAAUGGCAGCGGGCGCUCCUGCCGGACAGCCAAUGGCAGCGGGCGCUCCUGCCGGACAGCCAAUGGCAGCGGGCGCUCCUGCCGGACAGCCAAUGGCAGCGGGCGCUCCUGCCGGACAGCCAAUGGCAGCGGGCGCUCCUGCCGGACAGCCAAUGGCAGCGGGCGCUCCUGCCGGACAGCCAAUGGCAGCGGGCGCUCCUGCCGGACAGCCAAUGGCAGCGGGCGCUCCUGCCGGACAGCCAAUGCCAAUGGCAGAGUGCUCCAGGCUCGCCUCGCUCUUCCGGAGGCCGCCUCUCCGCCGCCCCGGGUAGCAACGAUGGACGCUGAGGUGCAGCAGGCUCUGCUCAGUUAUUACUGCCAAGAAGGUUACUUCCACCACGUCCGGGUUGCGGCGGAUGAGGCGCUGGGGCGGCUGGGCAGCGAUCCGGUGUUCCUUUUCUACCGUGCCUACGGCGCCUUGAGGACAGGUGACAUCCAAGAGGGUAUUCAACAGUUGGAGUCUAUUAAAAACAAACAGGAGGUGUCACUUUGUACAAUGAUGGCUCUGAUUUAUGCCCAUAAAAAGAGCCCUCAUCCAGAUCGAGAUGCCAUUCUAGAUUUGGAUGCAAAAAUGAAGGAGCAACGUAAAACAGCAGGACAGCAAGCUCUGUACUUUGCUGGCUUAUUUUUGUGGCAUCUUGGUCGUGAGGACAAAGCCCGUGAAUAUGUUGAUAGAAUGAUCAAAGUUUCUGGUGGUGGUAAAGAGGGAUUGAUUUUGAAAGCAUGGCUUGAUGUCACCUGUGGGAAAGAAACUCACAUUAAAAAAGCUGUGAAAUACUUGGAUGAAGCACUGCAGGAAGGCAAUGAUGUUUUUGCUCUGCUUGGUAAAGCACAGUAUUUUGAGGUCCGACAGAAUUAUUCAGGAGCUUUGGAAACUGUGAACCAGAUAAUUGCAAACUUUCCAAACUUCAUUCCUGCUUUCAUAAAGAAAAUGAAGCUACAACUAGCCUUGCAGGACUGGGAGCAGGCAGUUGAAACGGCACAUAGACUAUUGCAGAAAGAUGCCCUCAAUUUAGAAGCCAUAAGAAUGGAGGCCCUGCAUUAUCUGUGUAGGGAAGGAAAUAUAUCUGAGGCUUCAGUGAGACUGGGAGACCUAAUAAAAGCGCUGGACAGGUUAGAACCACGGAAUUCACAGCUCUUCUGCAAAAUGGCUUUAGCUUUCAGUAGAACAUGUGGACGGAACCAGCUCAUCCUUCAACAUACACAAACCUUAGUUGAAAGAGCAUCUGAUUUGGCAUCUGACAAUGCAGAAUUUGCUACUGAACUUGGCUACCAAAUGAUUUUGCAAGGGAAAGUGAAAGAAGCUUUAAAGUGGUACAAGGCUGCUAUGACACUUGAUGAAACAAGUGUUUCUGCACUAACUGGAAUUAUCCGUUGUCAGCUAAUACAAGGGCAGUUAGAAGAUGCAGAGCAGCAGUUGGACUUUCUUAAUGAAAUUCAACAGUCCAUUGGGAAAUCUGGGGAAUUAUCUUUCUUGCGUGCAGUCCUAGCUAUGAAAAAGCAUAAGAGACAAGAAGAAGUUAUUGCUUUAUUGAAUGAUGUUCUGGAUACUCACUUUUCAUCUUUGCAUGGUUUUCCUCUUGGUGUGGAAUAUUUUGAAAAAUUAAACCCUGAUUUCUUGCUAGAAAUCAUUAGGGAAUAUCUUAAUUUUUGCCCAUCACAGCUUGGAAGUCCUGGGCGGUCUCCUUCACCACUUCUCAAGCACUGUGCUUCUGUCCUUGAAACUGUGGUAAAAACCGUGCCUGGUCUUCAUCAAGCUGUCUUUUUAAUUGCGAAAGUGAAAUACUUGUCAGGGGAUAUUGAAGCAGCCUAUAAUAAUCUACAUUACUGUCUUGAGAGAAAUCCUUCUUAUGCAGAUGCACACUUACUGAUGGCCCAGGUGUAUUUGGCUCAAAACAAUACUAAAUUAUGUUCUCAAUCCUUGGAACUUUGUCUGAGCUACAAUUUUGAGGUGAGAGAACAUCCUAUUUAUCACUUAAUUAAGGCCCAAACCCAGAAGAAGAUGGGGGAAUUAUCAGAAGCUAUUAAGACCUUACAGAUGGCAAAGAAUUUACCUGGAAUGAGAAAACCUACAGCUUCCUCAAAAACAAAAGGGAAAAAAAUUGAAAUUGAUGCAAGUGAUCGUGUGUCUGUCUUCCUAGAGUUAGUAGAAGCUCAUCGUUUGAAUGGAGAACCGCAUGAAGCUGCUAUAAUACUGCAAGAUGCCAUAAAUGAAUUUUCUGGAACUCCUGAGGAACUAAGAGUUGUGAUUGCAAAUGCAGAUUUGGCUAUUGCUCAAGGAGAUGUUGAACAAGCCUUGACUAUGCUCCGAAAUAUUACACCUGAGCAGCCUUACUUUGUACAAGCUAAAGAAAAAAUGGCAGAUAUUUAUCUUCAGUACAGGAAAGAUAAGAAGUUAUAUGCUGGCUGCUAUAGAGACCUAGUAGAAAAACUGCCAAGUGCUCAUACUUUUCUUCUUCUUGGUGAUGCAUACAUGAAUAUUCAAGAGCCCGAUGAAGCCAUAGAAGUCUACGAGCAGGCCUUGAAGAAAAAUCCAAAAGAUCCAGCUUUAGCAAGUAAAAUUGGAAAAGCCUUAGUCAAAACGCAUAACUAUUCAAAGGCAAUCAGUUAUUAUGAAGCUGCAUUGAGAAGCAGUCAACAGAAUUUCCUUUGCUAUGAUUUGGCUGAGCUUUUAAUGAAACUGAAGCAGUAUGAAAAGGCAGAAAAAGUACUUCAGCAAGCUUUAGAUCAUGAGCCUGUUAAUGAGUUGUCUUCUCUGAUGGAAGAUGGGCGUUACCAGGUGCUUCUGGCAAAAAUUUACAGCAAAAUGGAGAAGAUUGAUGAAGCUAUUGUUUCAUUACAACAGGCUCGGGAAUUACAAGCCAGAGUGCUUAAACGGGCUCAAACAGAACAGCUGGAUGCAGUUCCUGCACAGAAACAGUUAGCAGCUGAAAUUUGUGCUGAGAUUGCAAAACAUUCUACAGCCCAGCGAAACUAUGAAAAAGCAAUUAAAUUUUACAAAGAGGCUCUUGUUCACUGUGAAACCGAUAACAAGGCAAUGUUGGAACUUGCACGUUUGUAUCUUGCACAAGAUGAUACUGAUGCCUGUCAACAUCAGUGUUCCUUACUACUGAAGAAUGACCAAGAUAAUGAAGCAGCAACGAUGAUGAUGGCUGAUCUCAUGUUCAGGAAACAAGAUUAUGAACAAGCUGUCUUUCAUUUCCAGCAGCUCCUAGAACGCAAGCCAGAUAACUAUGCAACCCUCUCGCGAUUAAUUGAUUUAUUAAGAAGAGCUGGGAAACUAGAAGAAGUCCCAAGAUUUCUUUCAAUGGCUGAAAAACAUUCUUCCAGAACAAAGCUUGAACCAGGAUUUCACUACUGCAAAGGACUGUAUCUUUGGUAUACAGGUGAACCAAAUGAUGCACUCCGGCAUUUUAAUAAAGCUCGAAAGGAUAGUGACUGGGGACAGAAUGCAGUCUACAACAUGAUUGAAAUUUGUUUGAACCCGGAUAAUGAAACUGUGGGUGGUGAAGUCUUUGAAAAUCUGGAUGCUGACACAGGUAAUUCAACAGAGAAGCAGGAGUCUGUGCAGUUGGCUGUGAGAACAGCAGAAAAUCUUCUGAAGGAACUCAAGCCUCAGACCAUUCAGGGUCACAUUCAACUGCGAAUCAUGGAAAAUUAUUGUCUCAUGGCAACCAAACAAAAAUCAAGUGUUGAACGAGCACUGAACACUUUCACUGAAAUAGUAGUGGCUGAGAAGGAUCAUAUACCAGCACUUUUGGGAAUGGCCACAGCCUACAUGAUCUUGAAACAGACUCCACGAGCCAGAAAUCAGUUAAAACGGAUUUCAAAAAUGAGCUGGAAUCCCAUUGAUGCAGAGGAGUUUGAAAAGAGUUGGCUUCUGCUUGCAGAUAUAUAUAUUCAGUCUGCAAAAUAUGAUAUGGCGGGUGAAUUAUUAAAACGAUGUCUUCGUCAUAACAGGUCAUGCUGCAAGGCUUACGAAUACAUGGGAUACAUAAUGGAAAAGGAACAAGCAUAUAAGGAUGCAGCAAUGAAUUAUGAGAUGGCCUGGAAAUACGGAAACCAAACAAAUCCAACAAUAGGAUACAAGCUGGCUUUCAAUUACCUGAAAGGAAAGAGAUAUGUUGAUGCAAUUGAUGUUUGUCAUAAGGUCCUUGAAGCACAUCCAAACUAUCCAAAGAUCAGAAGGGAAAUACUUGACAAGGCCCGUGCAUCACUAAGAACAUGAAAUUUUUUUUGCAUGGCUCAUGAACUUCUUUGUUUAAUUGGACUCUGAAAACUAUGAAUUAAAUACUUCAGUGACAGAGACCAUAUCAGCACGGAAGUAUUGUGAAUAUGAUUAACUUAAUUAUGCUAGAGGUCUGGAUUAUCUUCAGGAAAAACCUUCAGCCCUGAAAGAAAUUGUAUUUAUUCUCAUUAAGGAGAUAAUACUCUUACAUGUGUGCUAUAUAAAGUGUCAUCCAGCAUCAAAAAAAGUGUCAUUAGCAUUAUAAAAAUAUUGUAAAGCCUGUAACUUAGGUGGGGUUUUUUUUUGUCUGUUUGAAAUAGCACUCAAAUCAAUAACCUAUCCUACCUUGUGCAGGUACUUUGUUAAGAUGCUGGAUUUCAGUUCGUGUAAACCAUUUAUUCAUAAUUACAGUGGAAUCUUUAUUACUGUAAAUGUAUUUUAAAGUAUGAUUUUUCAUUUUUUCAUAUAUUGUGAGCAUGCUUUGUUUUUUAAUCUUGAAAAACUAUAUACAUUGUUCUCAAUGAAACUUAUAUUUUUAAUUAAAAUCUACUAUUUAAAAUUAAGAACUUGUGUAAAUAUUCAGUAAAGACUUUUCUAGAUCA